GCUGGGGUGUUAAGAGCAUGUAGUCUAAUUGAUGCUGGGGUGUUAAGAGCAUGUAGUCUAAUUGAUGCUGGGGUGAUAAGAGCAUGUAGUCUAAUUGAUGCUGGGGUGUUAAGAGCAUGUAGUCUAAAUGAUGCUGGGGUGUUAAGAGCAUGUAGUCUAAUUGAUGCUGGGGUGGUAAGAGCAUGUAGUCUAAAUGAUACUGGGGUGGUAAGAGCAUGUAGUCUAAUUGAUACUGGGGUGUUAAGAGCAUGUAGUCUAAUUGAUACUGGGGUGUUAAGAGCAUGUAGUUUAAAUGAUGGUGGAGUGUUAAGAGCAUGUUGUCUAAAUGAUGCUAGGGUGUUAAGAGCAUGUCGUUUAAAUGAUGCUAGGGUGUUAAGAGCAUGA